AUGAGCCUGCCCCGCGGCCGGGCCUGCCCCGGGCCUCGUGUAAUCCGGGUGACGGCCCAGACGGCCCUGGAGCGGGAGGUGUUCGAGCUGGCCGAGGACAGCAGCGUCUGCCACCUCCGCACCGAGAUCUCCAAGCGUCUCAGCCGGCCCCCCGACCGCCUCGUCCUCGUCUUCAUGGGCCACAUCCUCCGCGACCAGGACACCCUGCUCCAGAGGGGCAUCCACGACGGCACCCUGGUCCAUCUGGUGGUCCGGUCCCGGCCGAGCCCUGGCCCGGUCCCCGCCCGAGAAAACCGGUUGGGGGCCGGCUGCUGCCCGGGCCUGCCGGUCCGGCGCGGGCCCCUGCACAGGACCGCCCCGGGCCACCUGCCCCGGGUCGCGCCUGGGGCCCCUCAGAGAGAGGGCCCCGACGGCCAGGGUCUGCCCGCCCACCCCGGCAGCGCCCUGCCGUCGGUGCCCGGCCAACUGCCGCCCCCCCAGCUCUGCCGGGGCCUGCCGCCGUGGAGGAGCCCCCUGAGGCUGCCCGGGGCCCCCCGACCCCCGACCCCCUUCCAGGGGGCCCCGCGGGCCCGGCCGGUCUCCCAGAUGGGCCCGGGGGGCUGGGCCCCUCGCCGCGUGAAGGCGGUGCCCGGCGGGGACUCCCUCGCCUUCCAGCAGCUGGACAGCCACAUCCUGCAGCUGAUGCUCGGCGGGGUCCGGCCUCCGCAGCAGCCCCCGCGCCCGGGGCCGUGCCCCCCGCAGCCCCUCCACCCCUGGGCACCGCCCCGCGAGCCGGUCCCGUUGGGCCGGCCUAGGCUGGGCAGCGCGGGCCCGGCCAGGCCCGGCCGCCCCGUCUGGGGCCCCCGGGGCGGCAGCGCCAGCCUGCCGGACCUCCGCUCCGCCUGGAGACCCCCCGGCCGGGCCGGCUCCCUCCUCGGGCCGGCCCGGGCCCCCGCUCCGAGCGCCCCCAGCCAGGCUCCGCAGCACCCGCUCGGCUACCACCUGCAAGCCCUCCAACAACGCCUGCUCCGGCUCCUGCGGCUCCUGCAGGGCCCGGCCCUGCUGGGCCUCCUCUUCGCCCCCUCCCCACGGGCGCCGGCCCCGGCCGCCCUCGAGGGCUGCCGCCAACGCCGCUCCCCUCCGACGGGCACCCCGGGCACCCCGGAGGGCGGCGCAGCUCUUGGUCGCCUGGCCCUCUCCCCCGAGGCCGGGCCCGGCUGCCCCACACUGGCCACCCUGCAGCUCCUGCGGGCCCUGGCUGGGUCCGCCUCCGGGCCCCUUCGCCCCUCCCGGGGGUCGUUCCAGGCGCAGCUGGACCAGCUGAAGGCCAUGGGCUUCUCCGACCGCGAUGCCAACCUGCGCGCCCUGACGGCCACCGGCGGCGACGUCCGGGCCGCCGUUGAACGACUCCUGGGAGACGCCCCCCAGGCGCAGGCCUAAGUCACCCCAGGCCGGAGAGAAAGUAAACAUUUUCCCAGGAGCGGGGCUGUCUCACACUCUCCUCUCGCCGCUGGGCACACGCGAACCGACCCUUCGUCUCCCCUCCUCCCCUCC